AUGGCUCCGAUUCCCAUCACCAUCGUCACAGGCUUCCUGGGCUCAGGCAAGACGACGCUCAUCCUCAACCUCAUCCCGCAGCUCCGCGCCCAGAACCCCUCCUACAAGCUCGCCCUGCUCAAGAACGAAUUCGGCGACCUCGCGGUAGACUCCCAGCUGGCCUCGAGCUCGGCCAUCUCCGGCGUCCAGGAGCUGCUCAACGGCUGCAUCUGCUGCAACCUCGUGGGCCAGCUCGGCCCCGCGCUCGCCGAGCUCGAGAGCACCGUCGCGCCGGAUCGCAUCAUCAUCGAGACGAGCGGGUCCGCGUUCCCGGCGACGCUCGCCCUCGAGGUGAAUCGGAUCGCCAGGGACACGGGCAAGUACGUCCUCGACGGAGUCAUCAGCGUGAUUGACGUGGAGAACUGGAAGGGAUACGAGGACACGAGCUACACGGCCAAGAUCCAGGCGCGGUACACGGAUCUCAUUGUGUUCAACAAGUGGGAGACUGCGGGCGAGGACCGGUACGAGUAUUGUCUGGAUAGAGUGGGCGACUUGGAUGUGGAUGUGGCCCGAGUCAAGAGCGACAGGGGGCGGGUUGAUAUGGGCUUGGUAUUUGGCAUUGAUGGGGGCCUGGCCAGGCAGUUGACGGAGGUGGACGUCGACGGAGAGCACAGUCAUGAUCGUCAAACGAAUGGCGAUGCCCAUAAGCACGACCAUGGCCACAGUCACCAGAGCGAGGUGGAGGUGCUCUCAGUCGAGCUCAAAGCCAGCAGCGGCGCCGCCGCCGUCUCAACAGCCAAGCUGCUCAAUUUCCUCCGGUCGGCCCCCAAGGACGAAGCCUACCGCAUCAAGGCCGUCCUCACGCUGUCAGACACGCCCAAGAACUCGGAUCCAGACGUGCCGCAACCCGAGGCCAGUCCCCGGGGCCGGUACAUCUUGAACUGGGCUUUCGGACGAUGGACGUUUACCCCGUUGGCCGAGAGCGCGGAGGAGCAUUCUUCGAGCAGCGGCGUAGUAUUACGAUUGACGAUGAUUUUGGGACGGUACGAGAGCAAUAAGUGGAAGAAGAAGCUAGAGGCUGGCGGGUUGCUAGAGUUAGAAGGCGGGGAUAAAGGGGAGUUGGUUGUGAAGCGGAUUUUGUAG